AUGUCGACCAAUCCCGGAUCCGAAACCUCCAUUCUUGACCAAUCCCCGAAUACAACCCCACUUGUCAACAUGUCGGACAAUCAACCCCAAGUACUUCUUCAAGAAAAUCCAUUCAAACUCGAACCUCACCUGCUUCGAAAGACCUCAGAGUCAAAUUCCACCAACAUGGACAAUGCAGACACCAAAGAUACCGCUGCAAAUGCGAAGAGGAAGGCGCCUGUUGACGAUGUUCACCGUGGGCCGAUUGACUUCGAGCACAUCACAUGGGAAGAGUUGCCGAGCAUGAUUCAGAAAAGAAGUCAAAAGGCAAAGAACGCAGCGAUAAAGAAAGAACGGGAUUCCUUGCCUAGAGCAAAGAAAGGAUAUACCACUUCGAAGGGAAUCAUCGGAGAGACACUUCAAACCCUUAUUAACACCCCGGAGAUAGAGUUCUUCGAGCCUACGGAACAAGAGAUUACAAGAAACGAAGCCGGAGAAUACCCGUUCGAUAAACGCUCCAAAAUUACCAAAGAAACGGUAGAGACACCAAAGAAAAGAAACCUUAAGGGAGGCGAAGAGGACUCUAUGCAAUACCAAGAGGCGGAGGAAGAAGUCGAACUCUUACUCGAGAAAUACCUCCAACAUAUGCACAAUAAGGGAGCACAGGCCGACAAUCCGGAUGCUGACCCUGACUCAGAAAUUUCGGCAGCCCUCGUUCACUAUAGCAAAGAGACAGCACACCCCCGCGCAAAAGAACACAUUGCGAAAACCUUGAGAUUUAUCCAAGAAGCACCUCAGAACAAUAAGAAUCACGGUCUACCUGACAAAUCGUGGCUCUAUGAACACCAAGAGGUUAGAGGAUUGAAAGGACAGACACAUCUGAAGAAAUACGGGUUUUACCAAACAUUUUCCAGAAGAGGUCUGGCGGGAGACGGGUUCCUCAAGGACUUAACUGAACAAGAAGGAGGACUCGAGAAAGAUCUGUAUGAAUACCUGACCUCAAACGACCCGAAUGGAUCCAUCUAUGGAAACGGAGAAGACAUCCUCAACCGAAGAAGACAAGCCAAAGAGAGGCUUUACUGUGGGAUGGGACAAUUCCGCAUCGAAGGCCGAUAUGCGUCAGAGUCAAAACUUGGCCCAAACGCACCAACCAAGAAAGCUGAUCCUCUAGCAUUUCGCAAACUUGUCCUUGAAACCAUCACACGGAAACCUAUCUCGGCCGAAGACAUUGGACAUGAACGACUAGGAAGUCAGUUUCUCCGAGCUACGAAUCUGGCCUGGGCGGGAGCGAAGAGACUCUUCGCAGUGGAGGAAAUGAUCGAUAAAUCCAAUCAAGAGUUCAAGAAGCGUGAAAAGGAAUUGGCUCAGCAGAAUGAUCUUUUACGAUGUCAACGGGACGAAGCUCGUCGAGCAGUUAGAGCGCUUAUCUCCGCCCACGUUCGUGGUACACCAGGAGUUUCGCAAGAUGAUCAGAAAGAUCCGCUCGAGGUUCUUCUGUCAUGGGUUGAGAAUCCGGGGAAUGAUGUGGACCGGCAAGACGAGGAUGUAUCAGGAUGA